AUGUCAGCUUUCAACCCAUUUCGUGCGAAGAAUGCCGUCGGUAGCGCCGACAGUGCGACUGGACAACUUCACAUUGCCGGCAAAGAAGUUCAGCCUGGCGAGUUUUUUAAACCAGUUCCUCAACCGCAACUGCCUCGCCAUCAUCCUCAUAGUCCCCCAGGGAUCCAAACAGCCAAUCCCGACGCAUCCGCUCCCUAUGUCGUGAACACUGUGAAUCCAUUUGCCCCAGAAUUUUCGGCGAACGACCAUGAACGCAACACGGUUGAGCAGACUUCACCUGUCGCGACUGCUUCGCAGUCCAGUUCGGAUGACGGCGGCCAGUCUGUCUGGCCAUCGGACACCGAAAAGAGUCAAUCUGCUGCGCAGAAAACAUCUCUGGGAACUGAAACGGGGAAUACGCCAUCGUCUGAUACUCUACGAGAGGAUGGCCCAGUCUCGAUGAGACCUGGUGUGGGCAACCCGCAAGUACCGCGCUCCAGGCUUGAAGCAGGCGCCAACACAUCACCUUCCGGUCGAUCAACGAAAGACAAGAAACCACCCCCUCCUCCACCAAACCAUCACGGUCGGAAAAUCAGCACGCCUUUGGAGACUGCGGGCGCUAUAAGCCAAUCUAGCGCUGCAUCACCUCAACCCUCACCACCUCGAUCCCGGAAUCGCCUCUCAUACCAUGCUCUUCUUCCCGACUACCAAACAUCGCGUGCCCAACGCUCAGAUACCUCCCGCUCCAGACUCAGUAGUGAUGGUGUGGACUAUUUCUCUUCUUCAACCUCCCUUCCGGUUCCACAACCAGCGCAGGCGGCAGAGAAUGGACCUCCGUUGAACCCCGUUCAACGCAGUGGCUCCCAACGAUCUCAGCGAAAACGGCCCCCAACACCUCCUCUCAGCCGCCGGCAAAGUCAAAUGGGACGCUCCCGAUCCUCACAGUCCAAAGCAAGUGGCGGUCGGCUGGUCAUGUCAUCACUGGAUUCCGAGGGCACUGAUGGCUCACGACCGCCCAGUCCCGGACCCUCGGCGAGGUCGACUACCCCCACUGCAUCCGAGUACAAACGAUUUAGCAUGCCACCAUCUGCAGCACCCCGAGUCGCUGAGAGAGAAGCGGAUUCUCGCCCAUCAGGGAGUCCACUGCCAAGGGAUACUCUCUCCUCCGCCCCAGCGACAGCCCGAGCCAACCUCUCGUCACAUGGUCGCCGUGCCUCGUCAUAUAAUGUUCCCAUGAGCAGUAGCUCUUCUUCCUCUAGUGUGCCUCCCCUCCACCACCACCACCUCGGCGGGCGCGAGACUCAAGCUCUCAAGGAGGUUGAUGAUCUGCGUGGACAUUAUGAGAACCGUCAAGUCAGUUCAUAG